CUGGUCGAGUCGCACACACCGUCACUUGCUGUCAGUGGGCUGGCUGCAUGCCAAUCAAUCCUUCUCUGUCCACUGCCACGAACCUCGACUCCUUUCUACUAUUUGCUACAUGAGAUAACUUCCCUGGUCUACAGCCAACUUUAUGCUCUAUCCUGAAAGCGCGCGAGGCCCAAAAACCACGAGCACACCUUGGCGACGCUCUUGAAGCCACCUGCCAAGCUUCGCAUUCCCUUUGCUUCGGCGCCGAACGCACGAGACCAUCUCGAUAUGGCCACAUAACUCGCAUCACAACCCAUUAAGUUGAAGAUGCUGCAUACGUACUAGAAUGAGCUUGGACUCUCUGUUACCCAUCGCUCCCGCGAGGGUGAAGGCAUUGAUUGUGCCCCUUGGCCAAAUCAGAAGUGAUCGUUUCUCGUCCUUCGUUGAGCGCCUACGGCCCGAACAUGUCGUCUCCUUGCGGGAUGUCACCCCUGACGGGCGGCCCAACAGAAAUAUGUUCUCGCCCUUGGCCUUCCCCGAUGGCGCUGUAUUCUACGAACUAAUAACCCACGUACCCCCACCAUCUCAUCUUGCACUCUCGCCGUUCGACUUCUAUCGCGAGCCCCUCGCAGUCAUCGCGAUCGCAGAUGGCGACGAACUGAACCGCGUUGCCUUCGACAAACGCCAAUCUGGCAAUGCGCCCACCACUGCCGAAAAAAAUAUUAGAACGUUGGACCAGGGGUUGGAAGACUUGAGAGACCGCUUCGACAAGGCCCUCGUCCACCAGGUCUUGAUCUUCGACCAUGCACCUUCCAAGGAAAACCCGGUUGCUUUGCCCGAGGGCCUUAUUGCUAUUCCACCGCCAAAAGAGUGCAAACGGACGACCUUGAAGACAAUAAUGUGCGACAUUACGUCGCAGCUCCUGGCUGAAAUGACAACCCUGGCCAAGUCAUUCGAGGCAAUGUCCUUCAUCGAGUCUCCCGGACAAUCCCACUCGACAAGGCUGGCCAACGGCACCUCAUGGGGCAUGGAUGAUUCGGAUCCAGUAAACAAGAGGAAGUCCCAGUUCACGCCGGGUUCUCAAAGAUCAAGCUCAACCAGCGGUCUACCAGACCGCCUCAUGCACCGCAUGUCGAUGCCGGUUGCGCCAAUGAAGAACAACUCCAUCGUGGCAUCAGACGGCUCAACACCAGCUCGACCCUCGACUCCCGUGAGAAGCGGGCUCUCGAACCCGCCGACCACAUUUGACGAUCUGACUGCUGGCAUCAACAUCGGCUCUUCGGUCCCAGACCAGAACUCGCGGUCGGGUGCCGGAGAGCACUUUAGGUCGGAAAGCUCAGAUCGAGUUUCAGUGCAGGGAUUUGGUUCCGGUGGCCUCAACGACCGCUGGAGGGCCAAAGGAAAGGGCAGAGUGACAGUUCUGAUGGGCUCCCUGUACCUGCAAGCUGGACGAUGGCCGGACGCUCUGAAAGAGCUGAUGGAAGGCGCAACCGUCGCUCGGUCAAUCAAUGAUCACAUUUGGCACGGCAAGGCACUGGAGUUGGUCACAAUUACUCUAUUGCUUCUCGGAUGGGUUAAAGUCGAGUUUCAAGUCCCGCCAAUAUGUCUGCCUCCACAGGAUAAAUCUACGACUUCGAUUUACGCUGCGCUGGAAGCAACAGCAACCGAUCCGAGCCAGCCCAAGUACAUCCGGAACCUUCAAAUAAUUCUUCCAGAUCUUCUGGAGCGCAUCGUUGGACUAUACUCGAGAAUAUCGGCCGAGAAUUUGCCACCCUUGCCCCUGUCUGAAACUACGAUUCGGUUCUGUAAGAUUUUGUCCGCAUUGCAUCUUGCCGACGGGAAGCUGGGAGAACGGUCCUAUGACAUGAUCGUUUAUGGGAAGCUUCCUUCGGCCCCCUUGACCACUUCACCUCGGUUGAUUAUCUCACCCAGCCGACAACAAAUUGUCACCUUCCUCUUCCGCGCAUUUCCCUCUUCGUCGUCAGAGCUUCUCACCAUUGCCGAUCGAGUUUCGAUCUUGGCAGGUAUUGCAUCUGUUCUUGGACCUCUAGGUUACCAUCGCAAGAAGGCCAUGGUAACCAGAGAGCUUGUAUCAGUUCUCACCAACGGAUUGGUCGAGGCCCGCACUAGGGGUGCUGCAGACAUGGGUAUACAUCCUGCUGCAGGUCUCGUAGCCCUCAACGCCGCGAAUGGACACAGCAGCAGUGCAGUAGCGCUUGAGCUUGGGGAGGGUGAUGUGGAGCAGGGGAUCGAGGCGUUUUUGGCUCUGCUUUGCAAAUCGUACGGUAUUGUGGGCUUUGAUAUGAAGAGGAAGCUGUCGGAUGACACUAUGUCUACUGAAGACUCAGACGCUGCUGUCAUCGACAGAAUUCGGGGACAGGCUGCUGCGAGGUUCUUCGGGUUCACCAGCGUCAAACUGAACAUCUUGAGAGCAUGCAUCAACUUUUCUGAAGCAUUGCCCGACUUCAAUGGUGUGUUGAAGUUCUCAAGUGAUUUGCUCCGUACAGCUGGAUCCGGAGUUGCUCCUGGACCUCGCAAGGAGGAUGCAUCACCAGUAAUCGCUCGCGAUGAGCAGAUUCGUUUGGUCACAAACAUAACAAAGACGUCGAACCUGGCCAAAAGACUAGGCCUGAACCACUUGGCCGCCGAGUACUGGGAUGAGUUCUUUGUCCGUGGUAUCACUUUGGAGCCACUGCCGAUUACCAGAAUCCCGGUCCCCCACGCAAAAAGCACACUUCCUGGAGCAGUGACGGCAAGAACCUCUCAAGAUGUCAACCCAUUCAUUUACAACCCGUUCCUGAAACAACCUAACAAAGCGGCUGCCGAUCACAUACUCGUAGCAAACGAAUCUGCAACUUUCAAGGUCACUCUGCAAAAUCCAUACGACGUCGAGAUUGACGUUGAAAGCCUUCGGUUAGACGCCAGCGGGGCAGACUUUGAGUCGAAUUCUGAGAGCACCAUCAUCGGACCAUAUCGAACCCAAAUUCUCAAGGUCACCGGAACACCAAAAGGACCUGGUGCCUUGAAGGUGACGGGCGCGAUCAUCCGGGUUCGUGGCUGCCGAGAGAGACGGUUCCCCAUCUUCAAAGAGCCAUGGGCACCAGAAGCGGAUGUAAAGACCAAGGCUACUGGACUACCAGCUCUGGAGAGUACUAUCUUCUCUGAUGUCCGUAUUGGUAGGCCUUUGAAGGCGGAGCAGCUGGGUUUGAACGUUAUUUCUCAGCAACCUAUCGUCAUCUUCAAGUCAACGACGCUCCCACAAGCUUCCGUAAUGGUGCUCGAGGGAGAAAGACAGGUGUUCUCUGUAACACUGCAGAAUCUCUCAAAGACGACACCCGUGGACUUUAUGCUUUUCUCUUUCCAGGACUCCACACAAGGGCCGUUACAAGCAGGUAUCAACAACAGAGAUGCCACGCCGGCUGAGCUAUAUGAGUACGAAUAUAUCCUCAUGAAGCGGCAAGGUCUCCGAAGGUUGAAUAAGAAGGAACCCGAGAAGAGAUACAUCGCCCCGGGGGGCACUGCCACGUUUGAUUUCGAGAUCCUCGGUAAACCCGGGUUGACGAAUGCUUCCAUCCAGAUCGAUUAUGGCCAUCUUGGUGUACCCCCUGAAGAGGUGACGGAGCAAUUUCAUACCCGGCAAGUUUCACUAGAGUUGACAGUCACUGUCAAUGCCAGCGUUGAGCUGGCCCGCUUGGACGUUCUGCCUCUCAGCGGCCCUGUUCCUCGGUCGUUGCUUGGCCUCACAAAACUCGAGUCAAAAGCCGAUCUAGCUACACUGGCGGAAGAAUAUUGUCUGCUAUCCAUGGAUCUUCGCAAUGCCUGGCCCAACAACAUAGAGGUGCAACUGUAUGGCGAAGAUGGCGUUGUGAUUGAGGAACGCAUCCUUCCAGGCAACAUGAGUCGCGUCAUUUUUCCUCUACGACGUAUCUACCUCGAAGAUCCCCACGCUUCAAUUCCGGCCCUCAAUCCAUCAAGACAGCGUCAAUUUGUCGUAAGCAGCAGCAAGAUCACGCCAGACAUGGAACGCUCGAAUCGGGAAGCAUUCUGGUACAGGGAAAAGAUACUGGAUGCUCUCACAGCCAGGUGGAAGACAGUGUCCGGUCCGAAGCGGAGUGGUCACGUUGAUCUGCGAAGUAUCAGACUUUCCCCCCGUAUGAUGGAUGCCCUCAGGAUUGACGACAUCGGCAUCAACAUAACAGUCGAAGAUCCAAGCAAGAGCGCGGGUGGAGCAGCCACGGAGUCUGUCUUUGUUGACACUUUUGUCAAAAUCAAGGUCGGCAUCAAGAAUCGGUCAGCACAUCCAAUCUACCCGAUGUUACGACUGAUGCCAGCUCUAUGUCACCGUCCUUUGAACGUGGCCUUGGACUUCACGCGGAAAUUCGCUUGGAACGGCACUUUACAGCAAGCGCUUCCCCUCUUGUCCGCCAAGUCUAGCACUGAGGUGGAGAUCCAGGUAAUGGCGCUCUGUCGUGGUGAGUUUGAGAUAGGAGCAUCGAUCGAGGAAUACCAAAUAUGGGAAGAGCCCAAGGCGGAGAAGGACAAAGAGGAAACGAAGGAGGGCCGGCAACGAUCGGACACUCAGACGAUGCUGAAUGCAAUCAUUGGCGCAAAGGAGAGGCGCAUCUGGCAUUCAAGACAGCCCUGCAUCAUCAAGGUGAAGGACCAGGAGUAGCAGCAUUGGCUGGCUAUUUUGUACAUGAAGAACCGUAUUGUGGACGUAAGAGAAACGAAUCAUACCAGAGGCUCGGAGUUGGCCAUGGAAGCGACCUUUAUGUUACAAUAGACAAUCAAGUUCUCUCUAGAACGAGAGGUUCAGCGUGAUGGGUUCAGAGUCUAAAGCCACAGGAAUUAAUUAAGCCAAAUCAAC